GUUUUUCAGUAAAUAAAUACAUAAGCGUCAUAACGCCACGCCGAUACAUAAAAUCCAAAACCCCGUUACUCUUUCUCUGAGUUUCUCUACUGAUCUCUCCCCGUCACUUUCUUUCUCUUCCCAUACCGUAUGAUCCCGAACCUCUGCAACAUCGGUUUCCUUCCUCCACCUGCCAACCUCUCUCUCUCUCUUCUCAUUUCCCACAUUUACAAACAAGAAAACGGCACUCCCUGAUCAGCUCUCCUUCCACAUCAAAUUGCUCAUCUCUUUUCUCUUUUUUUGGGGAAGCGAAGAAAACAGAGGGCAGCGAUGGGCGAUUCCGAAUCUCUAUCGGAAGCUACAUCUGGAGCAAUAGGAUCGCUGCUCAGCACCACGAUUUUGUAUCCGCUUGAUACCUGUAAGACCAAGUAUCAGGCCGAGGUUCGCGCCCAUGGCCAGCGCCGAUACAGGUGUGACCUUGCCGUCUAGUUUCCGAAUUUCCCGAAUUGGGUCGAUUCCGAUACUUUGGUGUGGUUUCUUGGUGUAGAAACCAUCAAAGAACUGCACUUUUGUUUUCUUUCUUUCUGGUUUAUUGAGUUUUUGGGUAAAAGGUUCUGGGUUUUAGCUUAUUCUGUUGUCAAGGGGGAUUGAUUCGAUUGAAAUUCAACUAGCUCGUUGUUAUGAGAAUGGAAAGCUGGACAUAGUUGAGACCUGUAACCUCAUAUCUCUCUGAUGAAUUUCCCCUGAAAAUCGAGUUGGUUGGCUGCUUCUGGUUUUAGUUUUACAAUGAAUUUUCAAUUCUUGAGCAGCGGAAGACUUCUUCUUGAGUCAUGAUUGAACAGCUGGAGAUUUUGCCACCCUCACUUUGAUGUUAAGUUUGUUGCUAUCUUGGUUUUCAUUUUGUCUGUUUAUGGUUUUUUCUUUUUUCUUCUGUAGGCAUCUAUCAGAUGUUCUAUGGGAAACAAUAUCAAAUGGACAAUUCCUGUCACUAUACCAAGGUUUAGGAACAAAGAAUCUCCAGUCCUUUAUCUCGCAGUUCGUUUACUUCUAUGGAUACAGCUACUUCAAGAGACUGUACCUUGAAAAGAGCGGUUCUAAGAAGAUUGGAACUAAGGCGAACUUGCUUGUUGCUGCUGCUGCAGGAGCAUGCACUGCCAUUGCCACACAGCCAUUAGACACUGCCUCCUCGAGGAUGCAGACCAGUGCAUUUGGCAAGUCCAAAGGGCUUUGGGACACACUGACGGAAGGUGACUGGAGUAAUGCAUUUGAUGGCCUCGGUAUCUCUCUCUUGCUGACGUCGAACCCUGCAAUUCAGGUUGGUGUGACUGGCUUCAUUAAAUAUACAGUGUUUGAUCAGCUCAAACUGAAGUUUCUGAAGGGGAAUCAAGCUAGCCUUUCUGCAUUCACAGCAUUUCUCUUGGGUGCAUUGUCGAAGAGCAUUGCUACCUGUUUAACUUAUCCAGCAAUCAGAUGCAAGGUGAUGAUUCAAGCUGCAGAGGCCGACGAGAACAAUAAGAAGAAAGCCAAGCGGAAGGCAAGCAAGACACUGUCAGGAGUUGUGUUUGCCAUAUGGAGGAAGGAAGGAGUGACAGGGUUCUUCAAAGGACUGCACGCUCAGAUCUUGAAGACGGUGCUGAGCUCGGCUUUGCUUCUGAUGAUCAAGGAGAAGAUCGCGGCCACAACUUGGGUUGUUCUACUUGCAAUCAGAAGGUCACUCUUGGCUCAGAAUGGUAGGCUAAAAAGUGCUUGA